CGCGUCCGGGCAGCCGAGCGCUUUACGUCGGAAGCAAAAUCAGUGACGUGCGCCGGUCUAUAAUGCCGGCUACAUUACGCACGUGGUGCAUUUGAUAGAAAUACAAAAAAAUGAACAAUUGACUUUAUAAAAGUUUGACGAAGCUCUACUAACCCGCUACCUAAAGAGAUUUAAAUUUGUUUUGUUAUUAUUGUUAGGUGCUUACUAACUAAAAAUCUGCGUAGUAUAUUUAUUAUUAUUUGUGUUAAGAUUUGUGAAUUAUUUUUUUUUAAUAUUGGCUUUUAUAAUGCCGUGGAUACAGUCUUGCUUGUGUCACCAGGAAAAGAAAAAAUCACCUACAAUCAGUCCUCCAAUACAUUUAUUAUUAAAGGGUGAAAAUAGCGCGUCACCUCAGGGCCCAAACCACGCAUUUCGAUGCAAAACGUUCAAGAAACCCAGACCCUGCCAUUUAUGUCAUCAGCCCAUUUUGAAUGAAGGUUCCUGCUGUCGGGUUUGCAAAUAUGUUUGCCACAAAGUCUGUGAAAGCAAGGAAGCUGCUCAGAGGUACACAGACACGAGCUGGCAAAUUUUUAACUCUGAAAGAAGGCAUUCCUCCACUUCCUCCCAAAAGAACUCCCAUACGCAAACAAACGGAAGUGGGAUUUACUCCCAAAUCGAGCCGACGAAUAAAAAAAACGAACAUGAUAAAAUCGUACAAGUCGAAAAAGUAGAAGUUACCUUUCAGCCCGCUGUAAAUAAUAACAUUGAAGUUUUGCAUUCUCAUGAUGAUUCAUCCAUCAAACAUGGACACUUGAAUAAGAUGAUAACUUCAAACUCAUACAAUGGCUUCAGCGAAGUCCUAACAUCCCAACCUAGGCUUCAAAAACAUAAUUCGAACACCCUUGCCGGGGGUAUGGAUUUAAGUUAUGUCACUGAACGAAUUAUAUCGUUGUGGUUCUCACCAUCGACAAAUUCACAUACGUACAGGCAAGGCCAGCAACAGGUAUCGCACAUGCUUAGGAAUAAGCAUGGCGACAACUACAAGAUUUUCAAUCUGACUGAACCCAAAAGAAUAUUAAGGAAUGAGCAUAAGCAUGUUAAAGAGGUGGGGUGGGCCCCCAAUCUAGCUCCGCCCCUGGAGAGACUGUGCAGUGUGUGUAAGGAUAUCGAGAAUUGGCUGAAUGAGGACGAACACAGGAUAGCGGUCCUACACGCCAGGGGUAGCAGGGAAAGGCUAGGCGUCAUAGUAGCAGCAUACAUGCACUAUUCCAGCAUAUGCGGCAACGCCGAGCAGGCGCUGGAUCGCUUUUCCAUGAGAAGAUUCUUGGACGACAACGUGGGACCGCUCAGUCUACCAUCGAACAAAAGAUACGUGGAAUACUUUGCAGGCCUGCUAUCUCAUCAUAUAAAAAUAAACUCUGCACCUUUAUAUCUGACUCAUGUUACAGUCGUGGGCACUCCGUCUUUUCAGCAGGGAGGAUGCAAGGCGUUUUUAAAAUUAUACGAAGGACAUACGCCCGUUUACACUUCAGGAAUUUACUCGGUCUCGAAGGGCGUCAGCCAGUUCACGGUGAACGUCGCAGGAGAGCGUCGCGGCGGCCUGCAACUCAGAGGCGACAUCCUCAUCAAGUGCUAUCACCGUGCGGAAAUGGGACGCGAAACCAUCUUCGCCUGUCAAUUUCACACGUGUGCCGUAUCGGAUCACACGCUCAGCUUCACGCGGCAGGAAUUGGAUAACGCUUGCACAGAUUCUCGGUUUCCUGUGGACGGCGCCGUGGAGCUGCACUUUUCUCCGGGUCCCGAGGGUCGGCACCCCCUUCCUGCUCCGACUCCUGCUGUUCCGGUCGUUAUAGCCGACGAUCAAGUUGUGCGAGCCAAUAGCCCGAUGCACAUCGAGGAGUUCGAUAACGAAGAAGACACCGAUUCUGACGACGUAAAUCACACGUUCGGGCCAUUGGACGGUAGCAUAUACGCUACGAUAGCAAAAAAACCGGAAUUAUCUCCCGGUGCCGUAUCUAGUCCGCUUACGGUGUCCAUGGACUCUGGCAUAUCAUCGGCAGGUAACCAUCAGAACGCCAACACAACAGCCUCCGCAAGUCCCCCGCUGACCGCCCAGCCGUCCCCCCUCACCCCCGAGGAGCAACACCGCGAAUUGGACGAACUGCUAAGCGAGAUGAUGCUGACUGUUCAAAGUAUUCCAGACUUGAAACCUCAGUCGGCGACGGCAUCCAGCGACAACCACUUCGAUCUCGAUAACGUUCAGUUCAUAGACGAGGAGGAGGAGAAAAACAUCCCCUACCACGCCAGGCAGGACAGCAGGCCCUUCACCUACGCCACCGCCAACAUGAUCAGCGAAUCCAGGGGGCUGUCGAGCCCCAGCUUGGUGCGGAAGGCGAGCGUCAACAAGAGCUCCGGGGAUACGCUACGCAAAGUCCAGACGCAAGUUUACCCGGACUUCAGCAACCAAAAAACCUACAACAACAACAACAACAUUUACACCCCGCAAGUCCACACAGUCAUCCGCAAAAAAGAUCCAAUCGACGACAUCUUCACCACCUCAGCUCUGAACUCCAACAUCUCGAAUCAGCCAAUCAAGCGGGAGUUUCGCGAGGAGUUCUACAAGGACGAAACCAGGAGGUACGACCCCUUGAAGAGGAGCCUCACCGACGGGACUCUAAGGAGGAGCCCCGAAAAAAUUGUGACGUACAAAACUUCCAGUUCCGCUGUGACGAGUCCAUAUUCGGACUCCGAGAGUUUGUCGCCGCCAGGGGCUUUUAGAAGUCAAACCAAAUCGCCGGAGUUUCAUGAAUCAUAUACAAAUGGCAAUUUGACGUGGCUUCAGCGUCAGCAACAGAAGCUGAAAGAACGGCGCGAACUGCAGCUGCACAAUGAACGGCAACCGCACGAAACCCGACUUAUGUCGGAGCUUCGCAGCGUCCAAUCACGUCACAUGAGACCUACGGCGAGUCACAGGUUGGAUGGUUACACCAGCGAUACAACAGCGUUCGCUGAUGAUGACGAUGAUUACACUGUACCAUUGCAUAUUAAUACCAUGUACAAGAAUGGCACCAGUGGCAACAGUAGUACUUACAGCACCAUUAAGAGUUCUUAUGGUGUAAAGGAGAGGCCUUUUAUGAGCGUGAAGAGAGGCUAUGACAGACAGAGUAACGAUUCACCUCACACCAUGCUAACCCAGAACCCGAUGGGUCAGAUAGUCCGUGCACCUUCCCGAGGCUCGGACUCCGUAGACAGCGGUCUGUUGUCUUGCGUGGAGCAGCAAGAGCAAUACGUUAAAACCAGCAGACAACAAUACCCUUCAGGGGGACUGGUGGGUAUAGAUAAUGAGGCUAACACAACUUCUACCUCUCGAUCACCGGAUUUGAGGAAUGAUAGCACUUCCGAUGCACUAAGCGAUCUUAUUGCUAACUUGUCCAGUGGCUCGGACAAGUCUAGCAAUAGUCCUAACACAUCUGCAUGGCAGUAUCGCGAAGACUCCAUUCACUCCUGGCGAUCCCAGUCAGCCAACGAGGAGACAUCUCCAUCGCACAGUUCAUCGCCCAGACCGCAAACUCCGGCGUUUCCGGUGCACGCCCGGACUCCAUAUUUAAACGCUUCUACACCGACUGUACAAUUCGACUUAUCCCACGAACGACUUCCACCCAAAAGUCCUAUAACCCAACGAAAGGACCAAUCACCCUCUGACAUAACCAACGGAUCGGAAUAUUCCCACGCAACGGCGCACAGAAGCGUAUCAUCUUCUGGAGUGUCAUCGGAUUACCAACAAAGCCCGAAAAGUCCCAACUACAACGGAUCAGCCUCGCCCACAGUCUAUUACGGCACUUUGCGCAGAAGUUCCAUCAAUUCCAACAACGAAGCGCCCCACGAAGUUCCCGCCAUACACGUGAAGUUCGUCAGGGACACUUCCAAGUUCUGGUAUAAACCCGCGAUAACCAGAGAAGAAGCCAUAACAAUGCUAAGAAGUCAGCCACCAGGCACGUUCAUCGUAAGAGACUCAAACUCAUUCCCAGGGGCGUUUGGUAUGGCUUUGAGGGUGGCCCAGGUGCCCUCAAAUCUCCAGAACAAACCCCAUUCAGGCGACGAACUUAUCCGCCACUUUCUCAUUGAACCAACGUCUCGUGGGGUCCGCCUAAAGGGUUGCCAAAACGAACCCGUGUUUAGCUCACUCAGCGCCUUGGUGUACCAACAUUCUAUAACCCAGAUGGCGCUGCCUUGCAGACUCACUUUGCCCGAAGCUGAUUUGCGUCACAUAGAAACUGGCAACCCUGGCCAGGCUGUUUUCACGCAAGGAGCAGCUUGCAAUGUUGUGUAUUUGUUCUCGAUGGAUAUGGAGUCUUUAACGGGCCCGGAAGCGAUUAAAAAGGCGGUUAUGACUUUGUUCCAAAAGGCGCCUUUACCGGAAACCGCGGUGGUUCAUUUUAAAGUCAACGGACAAGGAAUCACUCUUACAGACAACAAGAGGAAGUUGUUCUUCAGAAAACAUUACCCGAUUAGUACCAUUUCUCAUUGUGGUGUCGAUCCUGAUGGGCACAGAUGGUUGGUUCAGCAGGAAGAUAGUAUUUCAGUUAAAAGUUCAAAUAAUAUAUUUGGUUUUGUCGCAAGGAAACCAAACGUUAGCAAUUCAGACAACCAGUGCCAUCUAUUUGCAGAAUUGGAACCAGAGCAGCCUUCUGCAGCUAUUUGUAACUUCGUCAACAAAGUUCUAGCUUCAAGCGGCUACAAACCCAAUAUUGUUUAAUAAGCCAAAUUUGAAAAUUUAAACGUUAUGGAGGAAUAAAUAUCACAUCACAAAAUCGAUUUUAGCCAGUAUUUUAUCAUACCAAGUUUAAACUGUUUCGGAAAACUAAAUUCUAAUAACUAGUCUUUGUUUUUAAUUUUAAUGAAUGGUUGAAAGUAUUUCAUAUCAUUGUAAAUACGUAUAUAAACACUAAGUGUGCCUGUCUUAAUUAUUUAUAAUUUUAUUUCUUUGGUGAAGUGCUUUAAAUAUUGAAAAUAUUUGCAUUUUCACGUACACUCUGUCUGGACCUUGUUAGUGUUUUUGUUAUGAGAAAUUAACAAAAAUCAUUGUAAUAAGCCAAAAAAAUAAUGUGCAAAUCUUUUUUCGUUUUUGCUGUGAGAGACAAAUAAUUGUAUAAUUUUAUUUUAUGUUCAUUUUUCAUCUAUCACACUAACAAGUCAUUUAAAAAAGUUUGUUUAUUUAGAAGCAGGGUAUAAUCCUUUAAAAAAUGUAUAAAUUUAUUUAGUAUAGAAAGAAAGAAAAUGCUUAAAUUAACAGUAUAGAAUUCCAUAUAAAAUAAUAUAUUAUUAUAUUACAUCAUUAUUUUUAUUAAUAGUACAAACAUAACUCGUUCUUCAAUCAAAUCAAAAUCAAAAUGUAAAAUAAUACCUACUUAAUUCGAAAUAUCCUAUAUACUAUCAUAAACGUAAAUAAACUCGUAACAUGGUGUAUUUAGAAAAAUAUAUAAAUAUCUACUAAUUUAAAA